AUGGUAGGAUUUUUUUUUUGUUCAAAGUCUAUAACUUGCUGGCUAGUCCUACUACAAGUUUUCUCCGCUAUUGCAAAGAAUAUCCCUCCUCAAUAUAAUGUAGAGGAAAAACGAUACUCACACAAGAUAAAAAGAGCACUGCCUGACUCACCCUCGAAGGAUUAUGCUCCAGCUGUUGUUGACUGUCCAGAAAAUCGUCCAACCAUUCGAAAUGCAGAAGGUAUUUCACCAGAUGAAGCAGCAUGGCUGGAGCUCCGACGUAAGCAAAUAUUUGACCCUAUGGUAUCAUGGCUAUCCAGAAUGGGAAUACCUGAUUUCGAUGCCCCUGCCUAUAUGAAUAGAAUCAAAGACGACCCUAAAGCCCUGCCAAACAUUGGUAUCGCCGCUUCAGGAGGAGGUUACAGAGCUUUAAUGAAUGGAGGUGGCUUCCUUGCGGCUGCUGAUAUUCGUACAAUUAAUUCUACGGAGACAGGUCAUAUUGGUGGUCUCCUACAAGCCUCAACAUAUUUAGCAGGGCUUUCUGGGGGUAGCUGGCUCGUGGGAUCGAUGUACAUCAAUAACUUUUCUUCCGUCCAAGAGCUUCGCGACGGCAAUCCAGAUACCAGCAUAUGGAAGUUUGGGAACUCAAUUCUUGAAGGUCCAGAGACUCAAACAAUCCAGAUUCUAACUACAGCCGAAUAUUUCCGUACUAUCCUAUCAGAUGUAAGGGCCAAAGACCGCGCUGGAUUUAACACUAGCAUAACUGAUUACUGGGGUCGUGCUUUAUCACAUCAGCUAGUCAAUGCUGAUGAUGGAGGUCCUUCCUAUACAUUUUCAUCCAUUGCUCAGCAGGAAAGUUUCAAAAAUGCUUCUACACCUUUUCCCUUAAUUAUCGCCAACAACAGGAGGCCGGGCGUGAAAACCAUCUCAACGAAUAGCACUAUUGUGGAGUUUAAUCCCUACGAAUUAGGUAGUUGGGAUGCCUCCACGAAUGGGUUUGCUCCCAUGAGGUAUCUUGGAUCAAAUUUUUCUAAUGGAGUUGUCCCUCCAGGCGGAAAAUGCGUACGAGGUUUUGACCAAGCCGGCUUUGUAAUGGGAACAUCAUCGACAUUGUUUAACCAAAUCUUACUCGCCAUAAAUGAAACAAGAGCCCCCAACAUUAUUCAUGAUGCCGUUUUAAGCCUUGGCGCCAAAAACAAUGAUAUUGCUCAAUAUCAACCCAAUCCAUUCUUCGGCUAUAAUGCGGCAUUGAACCCAACUGCUAAAUCGAUGGAAUUUUCACUUGUAGAUGGGGGAGAAGAUGGCCAGAAUAUACCUCUAUAUCCUCUGAUUCAACCCCAGCGGAACGUUGAUGUCAUAUUCGCCGUUGACUCUAGUGCUGAUACAGAAUUUAAUUGGCCUAACGGUACAUCUCUAGUGGCAACCUAUGAACGCUCAAUGGACAAAAGUAUCCAGAGCAAUAUUGCCUUCCCAUCCAUCCCCGAUCAAAACACGUUUAUCAACUUGGGACUUAAUAGUGCUCCAACAUUCUUUGGUUGUGACGCUUCUAACUCUACUAGCCCGACUCCGCUGGUUGUUUACAUUCCAAAUUCGCCUUAUUCUAUUCAGAGUAACUCGAGCACGUUCAAUUUAUCUUAUACUGAUACCCAACGUAACCUGAUUAUUCGUAAUGGCUAUAAUGUUGCCACACUUGGAAAUGGGACCUCACACGGGAACGUUACUGCUGAUACUCAUUGGCCCACCUGCGUCGCAUGCGCAGUUCUCAACCGAUCAUUUGGCAAAACAAAAACGCCAGCUCCAGAAGCUUGUAAGAAAUGCUACGAGCGAUAUUGUUGGAAUGGAACUUUAGCAUCUCAUAUGCCAACUAUGGUUUAUCAACCAGUGAGUAAAGUUGGACACUCAUCUAGCACUUUCACGUUUCAGGUUAACUUUUACCUAUGGUUACUCGCUUUUGUCGCUGCUAUAUGGACAAUUUGA